AUGGCGAUUUCCUCUGCGGGUGUUCCGUUGAGCCGGUCCUGCGAUGACAUUUCGAGCCUUCCUGGAAGCGCUGGUGCGGCUACUAGUGGCGGUGAUAUUAGCAGUAAUUUCGCCGACCACCAGCAACCGAGGCGGAGACCGGUCAAGAGGACUUGCUCUGCGCCGGCUCGCCAGCAGUCCUUCAGUCGUGAUAUGUGCCACGCUGCGGCCGAGACUUAUUUGCUCACUAGUCUCAGUUUCACGCUUCUUAGCUACCUUGGGGUAGGUUACCGGUGGAUCACUAGACUUCUAGCUCUUGCACUUUAUGCCAUGUUGCUCAUGCCAGGCUUUCUCCAGGUUGCUUUUUGUUACUUCUUUUCAAGCAAUGUGCGUAGGAGUGUUGUUUAUGGAGAGCAACCGAGGAACAGGUUAGAUCUGUAUUUACCACCAAGCCUUGAUGGUCCCAAGCCUGUCGUAAUAUUUGUAACUGGUGGAGCCUGGAUUAUUGGAUACAAAGCCUGGGGUUCUUUCUUGGGGCUGCAGUUAGCUGAAAGAGACAUCAUAGUGGCAUGUCUGGAUUACAGAAAUUUUCCACAAGGGACAAUCAGUGAUAUGGUAAAAGAUGUUUCUCAAGGCAUUUCAUUUGUUUGCAAUUAUAUCAGCGAAGUUGGAGGUGAUCCAAACAGGAUUUAUUUGAUGGGCCAAUCAGCUGGCGCGCACAUUUCUGCCUGUGCUCUUGUAGAGCAGGCAAUCAAAGAAUCUAAAGGAGAAAGUGUUUCCUGGUCUAUCUCUCAGAUAAAAGCCUAUUUUGGCUUAUCAGGGGGGUAUAAUCUAAUAAACUUAGUUGACCACUUUCAUGCACGAGGCUUGUACAGAUCCAUCUUUUUGAGUAUAAUGGAAGGAGAGCAGUCUUUAAAACAGUUUUCACCUGAAAUUCUUGUACAGGGAUUGAGCUCACAAAAUUUAGCUUCUUUGCUUCCUCCUGUAAUUCUUUUCCAUGGCACUUUAGAUAGUUCCAUACCAUCAGAUGCAAGUAAAACAUUUGUAGAUGCUCUCAAGAGAAUUGGGGCUCAAGCAGAGUUGAUUCUAUAUGAAGGAAAGACUCAUACAGAUUUGUUUCUCCAGGACCCUUUAAGAGGUGGCAGAGACGAACUGUUUGAGUAUGUGGUUACAUACAUACACGCAGAGGACCAAGAAGCUCUUGCAAAGGAUGCGUUGGCUCCUCCAAGGAGGCGGCUUGUCCCAGAAAUAUUGUUGAAAUUGGCAGGCAGAGUUAGUCCCUUUUAG